CAAAAGAUAAUAAUAAAAAAAAAGUUAAAAAAUUUUCUUUUUCUUUCUAUUUGUACCUCUUUAAAGUCCGGGCUUCCUUAGCUCUUCUUGCUGCUUGACGUGCUAUGGUGCUGGAUCUCUAUCAAUUAUGACAAAUGAAGGAAAGGCAACGAUGGAGCACUGAAGAGGACGCUCUCUUGCGUUCAUACGUGAAACGCUACGGUCCUCGAGAAUGGAGCCUCGUAUCGCAACGAAUGAACGUCCCAUUCCAUAGAGACGCCAAAUCUUGCUUAGAGCGCUGGAAGAAUUACCUUGCCCCUAGCAUCAAGAAAGGCUCGCUAACAAAAGAAGAACAGCUCCUCGUCAUCCAACUCCAAGCAAAGCACGGUAACAAGUGGAAAAAGAUUGCAGCCGAAGUCCCAGGCCGCACUGCCAAAAGACUCGGUAAAUGGUGGGAAGUCUUCAAAGAGAAACAGCAAAGGCUCAAACAAAACAGUACUAAAGGGGCAAUUACUAAUUUCAUCGAGCCAAGAAAAUACGAUCGCAUACUCGAAAACUUUGCGGAGAAAUUGGUUAAGGAGCGGUACGACGCGCAAUUUCUCAUGCCCACUCCGAUAUUUCCUCCGUGGCUCUCGAAGCCGGGUUCUCCUUCGGUGACUCUCAGUCUCUCUCCUUCCCCUAAUUUGGUCGACAAUCGACAGAAUAUUUCCUCUGGGUCUCCUAAUUCGAUAGUGUAUGAGCUAUCAGAGUGUUGCAGAGAAUUGGAUGAAGGGUAUCAAGCACUGGCUUCACAUAGGAAAGAGAGUUCGUGGAGGCUGAAGAGAGUAGAGCUGCAGCUUGAAUCUGAGAAAGCAAGUAAGAGAAAAGAGAAGGUGGAGGAGACUGAGGCGAGGAUAAGGGCGUUGAGAGAGGAGGAGGUUGUUGCUUUGGAUAGGAUUGAUGCUGAGUAUAAAGAGCAGAUAUCGAGUUUGAGGAGAGAUGCAGAGGCGAAGGAGAUGAAGCUGGCGGAGCAGUGGGCUGCGAUGAAUGCGAGACUGAGUAAGUUUCUUGAGCAAAUGCAGCAUUGAGGAGGCUUGUCAGUGGUACUUUUGGUGUAUCCAAUUGUGUUGUUUAUAUGUUUAGCUUGCUGAAGAGAGUUAUGGAUUCCGAUGUUGUAUGUUUCUGUUUCGGUGUAGUAUCUAUGCUUUACUGAGCUUUUUUUUGACUGAUAGUUUGCCUUUAUUAGUCAUGUUACGUGAUAUUUGCA